CAACGUCAUGGGGGGCAAUGGAAGCGCGUCGCGGAACGUGUCAUUUGGUCUGGACGAAGAGGAGAAGGUCACAGUCAUUGAAGGAGUGAAGCUGUCAGAUGAAGUGCUGCGGCGGAUGAGGGAGGCCAAAGCCUCUCAAGGCAAGGGAUCACCCCCUCACGCAGACCACCAGAAGCCAGCCCCAAGUCCUUCAGUUGCUGAAGUACAAGAGGAAAUGCUCAAGAAGUUUGAGCAGGAACAGGCCUUGGUCCAGGAGCAGUUGGCCAGACUGGCUCAGCGGGAGAAGGAGAGGGAUUCGCCGACUGCUCUUGCUGCUGUGGGAGGUAACAACGUGACCUCCGCCAUGAUCAUGGAGCAGGGAAGAACCCACGAAGAGCUGGAAAAGGCAAAGAUACUGGCCAAACAGCUGGAGAGGAAGGAGCGCGAGUUGGCCACCAUUUCAGCCUUCUACAAGGAGCAGCUCGAAACCCUGGAGAAGAAGUGACACAUUGCUACUGACC